CAGAGCUAGAACUCUUGGUUUCAUUUUUUUUUUCUUUCUUAGGGUUCAAACUUAAUUGAGAAUGUCUGAAAACCUUGGCAAGUCCAGUGUAAAAGAAGCAGGAAAAUCGAAAGAUUCUCAGCAAGGCCUUGAAGAGGCUGUGGAAUGUUCUGAUGAAGCUCCACAGAACCAGGUCAAGUUGGAGUCUCCCAGUCGCCACAAAGUGCGAAGACCUCACUCCAGUCCUGCUCGAUUUGUGACUGCGGAAGAACUUCUGGAGACAGCAAAGGAAGUCACUAACAUGGCUCUGGCCCAUGAAAUUGUCGUGAAUGGCAACUUUCGCAUUCAACCGGUAGAACUGCCAGAAGACAGCUUGGAGAAGAGAGUCAAGGAGAUUGUACAUAAAGCUUUUUGGGAUUGCUUGAGUGCCCAGCUAGGUGAAGACCCCCCGACAUAUGACCACGCCAUCAAGCUUGUCGGAGAGAUCAAAGAGACUCUUUUAUCUUUCUUGCUGCCUGGUCACACCAGACUGAGAAACCAGAUAACGGAAGUCUUGGAUCUGGACCUGAUAAAACAGGAAGCAGAGAAUGGGGCGCUAGACAUUUCCAAGCUGGCAGAGUUCAUUAUUGGAAUGAUGGGGACACUGUGUGCACCUGCUCGAGAUGAAGAAGUUAAGAAACUAAAGGACAUUAAGGAAAUAGUGCCCCUUUUCAGGGCAAUCUUUUCUGUGUUGGACCUGAUGAAAGUGGACAUGGCCAACUUUGCAGUCAGCAGUAUCCGGCCGCAUCUCAUGCGGCAGUCGGUGGAGUAUGAGAGGAAGAAGUUUCAGGAGCUUCUGGAGAGGCAGCCAAAUUCCCUGGACUUUGUCACCCAGUGGCUGGAAGAAGCCGCAGAUGACCUGGUGACUCAGAAGUGCCAGCCUGCCCUGCCAGCCCCGGAAGGAGUGGCUGGCUCCAGGGAACCCCCCGCACUGAGCCCUGCUGCCGUCCAGAACCACGCCUACCUGAGGCUUCUGAAGUGGGACCACCUCCGGAGACCAUUCCCUGAAACAGUGUUGAUGGACCAGUCCCGCUUUCAAGAGCUGCAGCUUCAGCUUGAGCACCUGACCGUGCUGGGAGCCGUGAUGCUGGUCACGUUCAGCAUGGCGACCCCAGGGCUGUCCAGCCAUGCCGAUUUUGCAAAGAAACUCAAGAUGAUCGUGAAGAUCUUGCUCACAGAUAUGCAUUUGCCGUCCUUCCACCUGAGGGAUGUCCUCACCACCAUCGGAGAGAAGGUCAGCCUGGAGGUGAGCCGCUGCCUGGCGCUAUGCGGGGCUGCCCCCUGCUCCCCGGGCAAGGAGACGGCGCUCAGGGGUCAGAUCCAGGCUCUGGGCAGUUCCGACAACCCCAUCCACAGGCUCAUGGAGUCCCGCAUCCAGGCCUUCCUGGAGACCUGUCUGGCCUGGGGUCAUCAGAAGCAGUUGCCCGAGGUCCCUGGAGGGCUGGGGCCCGUGCAGAAGGAGCUGGAGGAAGUGGCUAUUAAAUUUGUUCGCCUGGUCAACUAUAACAAGAUGGUCUUCUGCCCCUACUACGAUAGGAUCCUCAGUAAGAUCCUCAGCUGAUCCUAACAUGCACAG